UCGGCAAUAAAGUACUAUGAUGAUAAAUCCCUAUAAAAAGCGAUGAUUGUAAUGGAAUUGUGUAGAUAAUAAGUGUAUGUGACGAUGAGAUUUUUCGUCACAAUAGCCCUUUUGGGUCUUAGUACUUCGGUAUUUGCGAGUCCUCCCAAUCAUUUGUGUCCUGCUGUGGAUGGUCCAGAUUCUGUUUAUAUUCCACAUGAAGACUGUCGAAAAUUUUGGCAAUGCUCAAAUGGAGUUGCUUAUAAGUUUGAUUGUCCAACGACUACAGUUUUUGAUCCAAGUUUGAACGUUUGUGUUCAUGAAUGGCAGUAUAAUUGCAAGGGGAAUCCCAGUUCCACUAAACCAACGGAACCAGCAACUGAAAAACCCACUGAAAAACCAACUGAUGCUUCAAGCAAGAAACCGACUGAAGAACCAAUUGAAAAAACCACGGAACCAAAUAAGGAAACCAGUCCAACUCGUCCAAGUAAACCAACACGACCACCAUGUACGUCGUCACGGCCUACUAGACCUAGACCAACAAGACCACAACCCACAAGGGUACCAACUGAAAAACCAACGGAUAAACCUACCAAAAAACCAACUGAAGAACCAACUGAUGCCCCAAGCGAGGAACCAAGUGGAAAGUCUACAGAACCAAAUGAGGAAACCAGCAAAGUGACAAACAUUCCAACACGUCCUACAAAACCAUCACGUCCCACUAAACCCACUCGCUCACCAUGUACGUCGUCACGGCCUACUAGCCCUAGACCCACAAAACCACAACCCACAAGGGUACCAACUGAAAAGCCUACUCAACAACCAACGCAGAAACCCACUGAAAUACCAAGCAAAAAACCAACUGAAGAACCAACUGCUACUCCAACUGAGGAGCCUGCCAAAGAACCAACUGAUGCUCCAAGCGAGAAACCAACUGUAGAACCAAGUGAAGAAACUAGCAAAGUGACAAACACUCGUCCAAGUAAACCAACACGAGCACCAUGUACGUCGUCGCGGCCUACUAGACCUAGACCAACAAAACCACAACCCACAAGAACACCGACUGAAAAGCCUACUGAACCACCAACGCAGAAACCCACUGAAAAAACAACGGAAAAACCAACAGAAGAACCCACUAAAAAACCCACUGAAAAACCAACCGAGGAACCCACUGAAAAACCAACGCAGAGACCCACUGAAAAUCCAACGGAAAAACCAACAGAAGAACCCACUGAAAAACCAACCGAGGAACCCACUGAAAAACCAACAAAAAAACCCACUGAAAAUCCAACAGAGGAACCCACUGAAAAACCAACAAAAAAACCCACUGAAAAACCAACAGAGGAACCCACUGAAAAACCAACUGAGAAACCAACUCGUCCAGAUAGCAGAGAAUCUGGGGAAAGUGGCGAAAGGUCAAAUGAAAGUUCCAACGGUUCCAACAGUGGUUCCAGCAGUGGUUCCAGCAGUGGUUCCAGCGAAAGUAACGAAUCAUCAGAACUAGGAUUAUCAAAGAUGAAAGUGUUUUUAACAGUUAUUUCCUUGUUUUCUCUUGGACUAGCAAGCUCUCCUUCAGACUCGUGUCCAACAAUCGACGGUGCAUUUCCUGUAUAUUUACCGCAUGAAAAUUGUGGAAAAUAUUAUGAGUGUUCAAAUGGUGUAGCAUAUUUGUUUGAUUGUCCAGCUGGAUUACACUGGAAUGUUAAUAAACUCACUUGUGAUUGGCCACAUGAUGCCGGAUGUGAAGACAAAAAUGAAGAAAAUCCUUCCAGCUUGUGUCCAGCAGUAGAUGGAGCUUUUCCUGUAUACUUACCACACGAAGAUUGUGGAAAAUUUUAUCAGUGUUCAAAUGGUGUAGCGCAUUUGUUUGAUUGUCCAGCUGGAUUACACUGGAAUGUUGAUAUUCUCACUUGUGAUUGGCCACACGAUGCCGGAUGUGAAGGCAGACAUGAAGAAAAAACAACCACUACAUCUACAACCACAACAACAACAACAACAACAACUCAACAACCACCUGAAGAAAUUACUACAACUGAUCCAAGAACUACGGAAGAAGGAAGUGGAGAUGACCAAAACGAGACCACAGAAGACAAUAAUGAAAACACAACCAAAAAUCCAGUAUCUGAAGAAACAUCACCAAAUGAUGAUACAACUGAAAAUCCGGUUACUGAAGAAACUACCUCGAAAAAACCUGUAACGGACGGAGAAUUGACAACAGACGAUGAUUCGGAUGUGACUGAAUGCACACCUGAAGAACCAACUACAGAUGAUGAUGACAGUGAAACAACUGAAAAAAAUGUUACAGAUGAUGAUAACAAUUCUGAAAACGUUACUGAAGAUGGAGAUGACGAAACUACCGAAGAACCUGUUACAGAUGACGAUAACAAUUCAGAAAACGUUACAGACGAUGACAAUAAUAAAACCACAGGUGAUGACGAAACUACCGAGAAACCUGUUACAGAUGACGAUAACAAUUCUGAAAACGUUACUGAAGAUAGAGAUGACGAAACUACCGAAGAACCUGUUACAGAAGACGACAAUAACUCAGAAAACGUUACAGACGAUGACAAUAAUGAAACCACUGACGGUGACGAUACUACCGAAGAACCUGUUACAGAUGAUGAUAACAAUUCUGGAAAUGUUACAGACGAUGACAAUAAUGAAACUACAGACAAUGACGAAACAACUGAAGAUCCUGUUACAGAUGACGAUAACAAUUCUGAAAACGUUACAGACGAUGACAAUAAUGAAACCACAGACGAUGACGAUACUACCGAUGAACCUGUUACAGAUGACGAUAACAAUUCUGAACAUGUUACAGACGAUGACAAUAAUGAAACUACAGACGAUGACGAAACAACUGAAAAUCCUGUUACAGAUGACGAUAACAGUUCUGAAAACGUUACAGAAGACAAUGAAGAAUCAACGACCGACAACAGUUCUGAAAAUGUAACAGAACCUAACACAACUGAAGAAACAACAGUAACAGAAAAACCAACAACUACAGAAAAACCAACAACCACUGAAAAACCGACAACCACAGAAAAACCAACAACCACUGAAAAACCGACAACCACAGAAAAACCAACAACCACUGNAAAACCGACAACCACAGAAAAACCAACAACCACUGAAAAACCGACAACCACAGAAAAACCAACAACCACUGAAAAACCGACAACUACUGAAAAACCGACAACCACUGAAAAACCAACAACGCAAGAACAGCUUUCAGAUGAAGAAAUAGUUGAUGCCAUUUGCAAAGCCAGGCCUGAAGACAUUUUCUUAACAGCUCAUCCAUCCAACUGUCACAAAUAUGCUGUUUGUAUGACUGGAAGAUACGUCAUUCAAACUUGCCCAGAUGGUAACCACUUUAGUCCAUCUAGUAUGGCUUGCACAAAAUCAUCAAAUGGCGAAUGUAAUGUCUAAUCUAUUUCUUAAAGUAAAUAAAAUGUUUCCAACAAUUAAAAUAUACUCUUAAAAUAGACAAAUGUAAAACUUUGUUGUCUAGUAACGAAAUAAACUUUAUAAAUCUAAA